UGGUAGAUUUUAUUCAUAAAAAAAUCAUUUAUUCACUUAAUGAUUUUGUGUUUACUUAUCAUAAUAAGUAGGACUAUUGUUUUUAAAACUGGGCAUGGAUUAACUCACCCGCGAGAGAGAGAGAGAGAGAGAGAGAGAGAGAGAGAUGUGGAGUGGAGGGAUAAUAGUGGCAUUGGUGAUGGUGGAAUUCUUGGAGGUGUGUUUAAACACAGUGAGUAAAGCAGCCAUGAAGAGAGGAAUGAGUAACUGUGUCUUUGUUCUCUACUCUUACACCAUUGCUACUAUUUUCCUCUUCCUUUCAACUCUCAUCUUUCACAGAACAACAGCUCCUCCUUUGUUGGUCAUCUGCAAAAUUUUUCUUCUUGGCCUUGUUUGCUGUUUAUGGUUAAUGGGAUUGGGUAUGCCUCUCCAACUCUGGCCUCUGCAAUGACCAAUCUCACCCCUGUUUGGACCUUCUUACUUGCUAUUGUGUUCAGGAUGGAAAAACUAAACUUGAAAGCGAAGGGCAGCCAAGCCAAGUCAAGCCAAGUCCAUUGGCAGCAUGAUAUCAAUCAUAGGGCCUUCAUUGUGACAUUAUACAAAGGCCCAUCAAUCAUAUUCUCAUUAUCGUCUCUCUCUAACUCACCCCAUCAACUUCUUCUCUCACCACCACCAAGCUGGAUCCUUGGAGGCUUUGUCCUUGCAGUUGCUAGCUUUCUCAAAGCACUAUUGUACAUUGUCCAGGCUUGGAUUAUAAAGGACUACCUUGCAGAGCAGAUGAUAAUACUCAUUUCUAGUAUUUUUGGAACCAUAAUAUCCGCCGUAGUCUGUUUGAUUGCAGAAAGGGACCUCAAUGCUUGGAAACUGAGGCUUGAUAUUGAGUUGCUGGCUAUUGGAUUCUCGGUAUGCAUAGGGAUUAUAAGAAAUAUUAGUGACCAAAAAUCAGUCAAGAAGCUCUCAUAAGCUUAUGGGUCCACCAAAGACCCUUUUGGAACUCGUGGAGUUGUUAGAGCUUACAUGGUUGGCGUAUACCUAUACAAGAUUUUUAAUAUUAAGUGACGGAUGUAUAUGUAAUUAAAAUUUUCUUAUCUUAAAGCUUAUAAUAUUGUUAAUAUUUUUAAAAACAAAAAACUCUUAUGGGCGAGCUUAUAAAUUUUGAAAAUAUUCUAUAUUAAUAAUACUAUAAUAAGGAUUUUGUUGGAAAAAUUCGUCUUGA